CACGACCUUACUGAUGUAUCCCUGCAUGUUGGGGCACAGCGGGCAAUAAAGAGGGGCUGUAGUGGGUGCAAAAGAGGUGAAUUAAGCUGAAAAGAGCAGAGAAAUAUUGCAAAAGCUUAUCCCGGGGAUCCGGUUUGUACCAGUUUCAAACCGAAAUUUUCAUGGCGUAUGGAUUGAACGUCUUACAUCUCGGGACGCCAAACCUUAUUUAUCCCGAUUUUCUGGGACCCAGAACGGCAUUAGGCUGUGUACUUAUUGGUUCAAAGUGAGGUAUCAGCCAGUGGAUGUCCGGAGAGUGUAGAUUGAGAAGAUGAGUUUGACAGUUGAAGCUUCAAAGCUUCUAGAUUUCAAUCAGAAGCUGGACAUACCUCUUUUGGACAAUGUCAUUGGUUUCAUGUAUAAUGGGAUUGGUGAACAGCAACGGAUAGCACAAGAAGUGCUGACAACUUUAAAAGAGCAUCCUGAUGCUUGGACUCGUGUAGAUGCCAUUCUGGAAUAUUCACAAAACCAACAGACUAAGUACUAUGCACUUCAGAUCCUUGAACAAGUAAUCAACACAAGAUGGAAGGUCUUGCCACGAGAUCAAUGUGAAGGUAUCAAGAAAUACAUAGUCAAUGUUAUUAUCAAAUUGUCAAGCACACCAGAAUCUCUUGACCGAGAGAAAGUUUAUUUGAAUAAACUGAAUAUGAUUCUUGUACAGAUCCUGAAGCGUGAAUGGCCCAAAAACUGGCAGUCAUUCAUUCCUGACAUUGUUGGAGCAAGCAAAACUAAUGAAUCUAUGUGCCAGAACAACAUGGUGAUAUUGAAAUUGCUGUCAGAAGAAGUUUUUGACUUUUCCACGGGACAAAUGACCCAGACCAAAGCAAAGCAUCUCAAGGAUACCAUGUGCUCAGAAUUUCAACAAGUUUUUCUUCUAUGUCUUUUUGUCAUGGAAAACUCCCAGAACCCAACGCUUGUUAGUGCCACACUUGAAACUCUUCUCAGGUUUCUUAACUGGAUUCCUCUUGGUUAUAUUUUUGAAACCAAGCUUAUCAGUACUCUUAUAUACAAGUUUUUAGGCCUUCCACUUUUUCGAAAUGUGACACUGAAGUGUUUGACAGAGAUAGCUGGUGUUGCCGUUCCUUCAUAUGAUGAAUCGUAUAUCAUGAUGUUCUCCCAGACUAUCACACAGCUGCAGGAGAUGUUGCCGUUAGAAACUAAUAUCAGAGAUGCAUAUGCCAAUGGUCAAGAUGCAGAGCAACAGUUCAUACAAAACCUGGCCUUAUUCUUAUGUACCUUCCUUAAGGAGCGUGGCUCAUUAGUGGAGAGAAAGCAACUAAGUGAAGCUCUCCUUAAAGCUUUGCAGUACCUGAUAUUAAUAUCUGAAGUCGAUGAUACCGAAAUAUUCAAAAUUUGCUUAGAGUACUGGAACACAUUAGCUUCUGAUUUAUAUCGGGAAUCACCAUUCCUGCCUCCUACUGGCGCCUCUCCACUUUAUCUCCCAAGACCAAACUCCCGCCGACAGUUCUACCAGCCAAUACUUACAAAGGUGAGAGCCUUGAUGAUCAGUCGGAUGGCCAAACCUGAGGAGGUUUUGGUGGUUGAAAACGAGCAAGGUGAAGUAGUAAGAGAGUUCAUGCGUGAUACAGACUCUAUUAAUAUGUACAAGAAUAUGCGUGAAACACUUGUUUACCUCACUCAUUUGGACUACGCUGACACAGAACGCAUCAUGACAGAAAAACUUGCCAAUCAGGUUAACGGCAGUGAGUGGUCUUGGCGAAAUCUAAACACCCUGUGUUGGGCUGUAGGAUCCAUUAGUGGAGCCAUGCCAGAAGAAGAUGAAAAGCGUUUCUUGGUGAUUGUGAUCAAGGAUUUGCUGGGUCUUUGUGAGCAGAAAAGAGGCAAGGAUAACAAAGCAAUCAUUGCCUCAAAUAUUAUGUACAUUGUUGGACAGUAUCCCAGAUUCCUUCGCAUACACUGGCGCUUCCUGAAGACUGUCAUCAACAAACUUUUUGAGUUCAUGCAUGAAACCCAUGACGGUGUUCAGGACAUGGCAUGUGAUACCUUCAUAAAAAUUGCUCAGAAAUGCCGUCGUCAGUUCGUUCAGAUGCAGGUUGGAGAAGCCAUGCCCUUCAUUGAGGAAAUACUCUCUUCCAUUAAUUCCAUCAUUUGUGAUCUACAACCACAGCAGGUUCACACUUUUUAUGAAGCAGUUGGAUAUAUGAUUAGUGCUCAGACUGAUCAAGUUGUUCAAGAACACCUCAUUGAGAAAUACAUGACGCUACCUAAUCAAGUCUGGGACGAGAUUAUUAACCAGGCAUCAAGGAAUGUCGACAUUUUGAAAGACCCUGAUGUUGUGAAGCAGCUAGCAAAUAUUUUAAAGACCAAUGUUAGAGCAUGCAAAGCACUAGGACAUCCCUUCGUAUCUCAGCUUGGGCGCAUCUAUCUUGACAUGCUGAACGUUUACAAGGUUAUGAGUGAAAAUAUUAGUGCAGCUAUUGCCCUAAAUGGUGAAGUAGUAACGAAACAACCUCUCAUUAAAUCUAUGCGUGUUGUUAAGAAAGAGACACUGAAGCUCAUCUCAGGAUGGGUGUCACGCUCAGAUGAUUAUACGUUAGUUUUGGACAACUUUAUUCCUCCUCUACUAGAAGCAGUUCUAAUGGAUUAUCAGAGAACCGGUGUUCCCUCAGCACGUGAACCUGAAGUUUUGUCCACUAUGGCUACCAUUGUAAAUAAGCUUGAGUCACAUAUCACCCAGCAGGUGCCCAAAAUAUUUGAUGCAGUUUUUGAAUGUACUCUGUCAAUGAUCAACAAAGACUUUGAAGAGUUCCCCGAACACAGAACAAAUUUCUUCCUACUUCUUCAAGCUGUCAAUACACACUGCUUCUCAGCUCUGCUCAAUAUUCCACCAGCUCAAUUCAAGCUUGUGCUGGAUUCCAUUAUAUGGGCUUUCAAGCACACCAUGCGUAAUGUUGCAGAUACUGGUUUGCAAAUCCUUUAUCAGUUAUUACAGAAUAUCUCGGCACAUGAACGUGCUGCCAGCAGCUUCUACCAGACGUAUUACACGGAUAUUCUGCAGCAUAUUUUCUCUGUAGUUACAGACUCUUCACACACUGCUGGUUUAACAAUGCAUGCAUCCAUAUUGGCAUACAUGUUUACACUAGUGGAGCAGAAUCGCAUUACCAUCAGUCUGGAUGCUGCCAAUCCUUCAGCACCCAGCACAUCUAAUGUCACUUAUGUACAAGGCUUUGUGGCAAACCUUCUUAAGGCUGCUUUCCCACACCUCUCAGAAAAUCAAAUAAAAAUUACAGUUCAGGGCAUGAAUGACCUGAACCAAGAUAUUCCUGCCUUCAAGGAACAUCUUAGAGACUUCCUUGUACAAAUCAGAGAGGUAACAGGUGAUGAUGACAGUGAUCUUUAUUUGGAGGAGAGAGAAGCAGCCCUCAGACUUGCGCAAGAAGAAAAGCGUCGUGUCCAGUUGAGUGUACCUGGUAUCCUAAAUCCACAUGAAAUUCCUGAAGAAAUGCAAGAUUAAGAAUAUAGUAACUCCAAGCUUGGAGAUUCCAUCAAAUGUUUUGCCCAUUUGCCCAUUAAUUUUUAGUCCAAUAUUGUUUUGCAUCUCACAAAAUGUUUGGAGGGGUUUUGGAAAGCUAUAAACAUUAAAAAUUUACAUUUGCUGCAGUUACGUAAAGGUAAAAUUUUAUUUGGUGAAAUGAAAUAUUAUCUGUCGUAAUUUAUGAUGUUGGGCUUCUUGAUUGUCUCAAAGUUUCAGGGGUUCUAAACUGAGCCUGUAAGUCAUUCAGAUAAUAUUGGCACAGCUGCCAGUUCCUAUUGGAAACAUCUCUGAACCCUUAAAAAUUCAGGUUUAUUAUGUUGUUAUCCUGGUAUAUGGGAGAGUUGGUUGCUAACUCAAGUCAUUAUUAUACCAUUACAAUUUUCUAUAUGCUAAUAAAUUUAUAUUUUGAUUAUGACAUUAUUAUUAUUACCAGUUUUGGUAUUUAGAGUGCAGAAUAUGAUCAAGUCAUAGUGUACUAAGUCUUCAUCACUUUUUUUUUUUAUUUGAUGGAGAAAAUUUACCAUCUUGCUACCAUAGCCAGAGCAAAAGUUAUUAAACAUCCAUUUCUUUAUGCUUAAAUUUAAUGUUUUUGUUAUUCAGAUUUCAGUGUUGGUUAAUGCUUAUAUUAGCUUUUUAAUUGAACUUGUAUGUAUUUAGUUGUUUUAUAUGCAGCUAAUGUAAUUCAACAAUAUAUUGUAGUACAUUCAUUAUAUUCACUUGUGUGAUUGAAUUUGUAUAAAUGCUGCAGUCUUUUUUUUUUUUUUUUUUUUUUUAUGAAGUAAAAGGACACAUUGACAAUGAAUAUUUAAUGUAGGCUAUGUUUUGUUCAUCAUCUCCAUUAAGCUUGAUAAAGCUCUUGGCAAGUGACACUUUCCCUAAAUGAAAUAUUCAGGUGGUGCCAUGUGUCCAUUUAUGUAAUUGUCUGUAUAUUCAUACCAGUCAUACAUACUUUCACCAGUGUUGUUAAUAAACCAGUCUAAUGCAUUUACCUUUUUUUUUUUUUUUUUUUUUUUUUUUUUUUUUUUUUUUUUAAACAAUGGCAAAUGUGCAUCAUGCUUAUGCAUUUAAGUUUGUUUUGUGCUUUAAAAGUUAGGUUUGACAACUCUGCUUUUAAGUUUUUUUUAAAGUGAAAGUACAGUCUUUCUAUUAGGUGUUUUCUCUCCAUAUAUCUCUCUUUAUGGGUGCGACUUGACCCAUUUCUUCCUUGUAAAAUUAAGGAUCAGUCUUUAUACAGUGGCAGCACUAUAUGUUUGGUAUACAACUGAAAAUUCAGAGAAGUUGGGAUGUUUAACAUAUGAUGCUUUUGCUUUGGUAGCUGAGAUUGGUAUUGUUUUGGGUAUAGAAAAAUAUUCAAAGCUGGAAAGCCCAAAAAAGUUUGAAGUCAGUCCUCAUUUUUGUAGGGGAUUUCUUUUUCUUUACAAAAUGUUUUCAGUUGUUGAAAAUUUAUAUGCAUGAUUAGGAAGUGAAGUUGUAGAAAUUUGUUAAAAAAGUGUGCCAGAGCUGUGAAACCAUUAUACCUACUGAAGCUUAUAGCUCCAGUAGGGAUUUACGCUUUUGUGUUAAAUACUGUAUACCAUAAGGUUUCUGACUUAAUGUAUGAAUUGGUGUUUUGAAUGAAGGAGCAGCAUUCUUAUAUUCUUAAAGUUGCUCCUUCUGUUUGACCAAAGUAUAUGUUUUAUGAAUGCAAAGAAUGCUUGUAGCUUAAAGGUUUUUUGUUUUCUGGUAGUGUUAUGUGAGCAUGCUGACAAAGAUUAGCAUUUUGGCAAAAUAUGUGGUAAGGAACACAACUUUUUUUUUUUUUUUUUUUUCUCUCCUGGUGGUAUUGUUCAUUCUUUUAUUUGUAUUACUAAUCUUUGUAGAAGAAUACAUUUGACACAUUAAAGAAUGUCGAAAGACCAAUGAAACCAUGGUAAAUGUCAGCCUUGUAAGUCAGUUUUGCUAAUGGUAGUUGGUUAGCAUGCAAUGAUUAAAAUGUGUCCUUUAGAGAACUCUCUCUGGUUAAUAAGAUCAAUUUCAUAAUUUAUUAUUUUUUUAAUUAUUUGUCAAUAACAAAGUGCCUCCCUUAGGAACUGAAUGCAAUUUAAGGCAUUUUAAGCUCCAAAAUCAUUAAUUUGUUAAACUUUCAAAGGGAAAUUUUAAACUAAAUAGUUGUGUAAUUUUUUGAUGUGAUUAAUGAAUGUAACAAUUUAAUAGCUGAAUUGCAGUAUUAAAGUAAACUUGUUGUAUUGCCAUUGCCAUAAGCUACCAGUUUGUGAGGCAUUAUAAAUUAUUUUGCAAAAAAAAAAAAAGUAUGAAGGUAUUGGUAAGUUAAAGUAAACAUUAGGAAAUCA